CCCACGACGAUGCUCGCGCUCCUUUUCGGGCACCGUUUUGCGGAAAAGGGCAGCAGGGGCGUUCGACGUUGAGAAUGCCGACGAAAUCCGCGAGGAGAACGGCUGCGCCGGCGCGUCUGCCGCCGAACGCCGCGACCUGCGCCCACCGGUGGCGCGAUGGCGCUUGCUUCGUCGUCGUCUCGGGGUGGUGAUCAUUCGCCAGCCCCCGGGCCCGACGAAAGGGGGGCAUGGGAAACUACGACCGCUACCGCCCGCGGCCGAAACAACAGGAG